GGGCUGUCAUCGGUUGCGUGUUGCGUGAAAGCGUUUCUAUCCCGUGUUAGUGACACCCAGCCGUGGAGAGGUUCCUCCUCGGCCCUGCGUGUCUGCGUGUCCUGCGUGUCCUGCGUGCGGAUCUCUGUCAUCGACGCGUCUGCGGGGGAAGAGCGUGUGAUUCAACUCAGUGCGAAUGAGCGCAAGUCGGAGCUUGAGCGAGUUCAUCAUUAUUAUCCGCAGGAGGAGAAACUCGACCCGUAUAAGGAACCAGGCAGCGGGACAAGUUGCCGGACUCCCCAUUUUCUGUUGAUUCUCUCUUCGCCGAGUUUGAUCUGCCCCGAUGGCUUCGGUGUGGAAGAGACUGCAGCGAGUUAAUAAAAAGGCUUCAAAGUUUCAGUUUGUGGCUUCCUAUCAGGAACUUGUGUUGGAGUGUACCAAGAAAUGGCAACCGGACAAGCUGAGGGUGGUGUGGACCAGGAGGAACAGGCGCAUGUGUUCCAAGCUGCACAGCUGGCAGCCCGGGAUCAAGAACCCCUACCGGGGCAUGGUGGUGUGGCCCGUCCCCGAGAACAUCGACAUCUCCGUCACCCUCUUUAAGGACCCCAAUGCCGAUGAGUUUGAAGACAAAGAAUGGACAUUUGUCAUCGAGGGUGAGAGCAAGGGUCACCGCAAAGUGCUGGCGUCGGCGGACAUCAAUCUGCGGCGCUUCGCCAGCCCCACGCCCACCCAGACGGACCUGACGCUGACGCUGAAGCCGCUCUCGGUGAAGGUGGUGGAGGCCACGCUCAAGCUGUCGCUCUCCUGCGUCUUCGUACGGGAGGGGAAGGCCACUGAUGAAGACAUGCAGAGUCUUGCCAGCCUCAUGAGCGUCAAACCGGCCGAUAUCGGCAACCUGGACGACUUUAACGAGAGCGAUGAGGAGGAGGACAAGCGGUCCGUGACCCCUACAGUUCCACACACUCUCGUCCGUCCCAACCGCCCCGCUCCGCCUCCACCUGACAAGAGAAACUCCACUGGAGACCAUUUUUCAGCUUCAGCAGUCCUCUCUCGCCCUCCGCUACCCAUGGCUCCCCGGCCCUCGCCCCGCCGCUCCAGACACCCCCUGGCCGGGGGCCCGGUGCACCCGGACCUCCCGCCCUCCCCCGGGCCCUCCCCACAGCCCUCCCCCAGGUCUAAGCACAGACAAGCAGCCAGCGCUGUAGUUCCAGCGUCUUCUGCUGUGCCUGAGCUUCCCCCCAGUCCUCCAGGCCCCAAGGUCCCAGCGGGGGAGACCCCUGCAGUCUCCUCAGAUGUACGGGCUCAUCCUGCAUCGCCUGAAUGCUCUGAGCCCCUGCUCCUCUCCUCCGCCUCUGCUUCCUCUCUAGCAUCCAAACAGUCUUCACCCGUGGCCUCGCUUCCUCUUAACUCUUCAUCCUGUAGCUCUGAAGCUCCUGCAAAGUCAGAUUCAGUUUGUGCUGUGUCCUCAGACCUCCCCAGACCUUCCUCAUUACCAUCACCUGAAACUGCAACAGCCCCACCCCCCAUGGCUCUGCAGUUGUCCCCUUUCUUUGUAUCCACCUCUCUGACCCAUAAGUCCCUCUCUGCUGGCUCCCAGCCUCCUCUUUCCAAGUAUUCCUCCACCCCCAACCCUGUCCUGUCCUGUGAUCCGUCCGCUGGUCACCCUCCUCUCUCCUGGACCAUCGCUCAGCCUCCGUCCCUGCCCAGAAUCUUCCAGUCCGGCUCAGCUAAAGCUGCUGUUUCCCCCCCGUGGCGCCCCCCGGUGGUUCACGCAGCAGAGGACGCUGCUGCAGCCUCUGCUGCAGCCUCUGGCCAUGGUCACACUUUCCAGCCUCAGGUUGUAAAAUCAAUUGCCCGCCCCACCUCUCCUUCCCCUUUUGCUGCUGACGCCCCUCCUGUUCCAUCAGCCCCGCCUCUCCCCACAUCUCUCACUUCUAGCUCAGAGUCAGGAUCUCAGUGGGUACAGUUUGCAGUUGAGCGUGCUUCAGCUGGGGGGGAUUUCCCCCCGGUUCCUCUGUUGACACGUCCAGAUCUGGAUGCCCUCUGUGAUCCCGAGACUCCCGCUGGCUCUGCCGCCCUUCCACGUCCCACAUCCUCUCACUCUUCCUCCAUCCCUGCCCUUCCUUUCUUCUCCUCCCACCUCACUGUCACUCCUCCUGCUCCACCUGCUCAGAUCAGCUCAGGCCCGGCGUUGUCUCUCACACAAGUGGAUAAAGACAAAAGCAAAGGCAAGGAUUCUCCUCUGAGUGAGCAGGCAGCUGCAAACAGCAGGAGAUCUGAGCAGGCCGUCAGGCCGGCCUUCGACGCCAAGCUGGUCCUCGCAGACAAUAAAGCCAGAGCAGGAAAGAGCAGUCCCGCCCAGUCCCGCUCAGAGCUGAUUAUAGCCCCGCCCCCUCCCUGGCCCUUCUCCUGCCCUGAGAACAGCGCCCCCGAGGUGUCCUCCACCAGCGUCGUGGCGGCGUUUAUCACGCCUAAGCUGCCCCGUGUUGAGGGGAAGGCGGAUUUGAUAAAGCCAGUUGAUGAGAAAUAUAUGAGCCCCUUUGUGAUUGAAACGGUUCCUCUGGCCAAACCCGAGCCCGACUUUGACGACGUCAUUAUUGAGUCACUUAACCACGGGCAGGAAUCAGGGGGCUUGUUUCUGGCAGACGAUGACUCUAAGCGUGAUACGAUCAAAAGGUGUCCUGCAGGUCUGGAACAGAAAACCAAUGAAAAGCAGUUAGAGGGGGCAGCGGUGGUGGCAGAGCGGGAGAGGCCGAGCGCCUCUGGAACGCCAAAGAAACAAGAGCAAGAGCAAAAACAGAUGCAAACGCAUGAGGAGGAGAGGAAGAGACUGCUGGAGGAAGAGAAGAGGAGACUCUUACAGGAAGAGGAAGAGUUCAGGAGGGAAAGGGAGAAGAGGAGAUGCGAGGAAGAGAGACUCCUGAGGGAGAAGAGGAAGAAACAGAGCGAGGAGGAGGACAGGAGGAAACGAGAAGAAGAAGAGCGGAGGCUGCUGGAGUUAGAGGCAGAAAAGGAAAGAGCCAAGCGGGAAGAGGAGAAAAGACUAGAAAGAGAGAGAUUCAUGAAGAAGAUGAAAGAGGAGGAGGAGAAAAGAUUGGAAGAGAGGAGGGUAUUGGAGGAGCAAAGAAAGAGGGAGGAGGAUGAGAAAAAGAGACUCCUGGAGGAGGAGGAAGAGAGGAAGAAGAUGGAGGAACGGCAUCUGGAGGAGGCAAGAGAGAAGGAAGAACAGAAGAGGGUGGAGGAGAGAAAAAUACAGGAGGAGGAGAAAAAGAGAAGAGACGAAGAGAAGAGGCGAGAAGAAGAGAGAAAAAGGCAGGCAGAUGAGGAGAGGGAGAGGAAGGAGGAGGAGGAGAGAAAAAGGGUAAAAGAGGCAGAAGAGAGAAGAAAGAGAGAAGAGGAGGAUGAGAGGAAAGAAGCAGAGAGGCUGGCAGACGAGGAGAGGAAAAAGAAAGAGAAGGAGGAGAAGAGCGGGCGAGCGGAGCAGGAAGGAGGAGCAGGCCGCCUGAAGGAGGUGAACAGGUCGGACGAGGACAAGCAGAAGAUGAGAGCAGCAUCUUCCUCUGCAGCUCCUGCUCCACACUCCCCUCUGCUGGCCGGAGCCGGCGUUACACCCCAGCCCGCUCACGUCCCCGGCCCGUCGCCACGGAGACCGGCGGACAGGCCGGCUGUCCCUAAACCAAACUCCACCGCCGACGAGUGUCUGAAGCAAGCCUUUAUUACCCAGGAAAUUUCACUGUCAAACAUUGUUACCCCUGAUGAGAAAAUAUCUACCCCAUACAGUCCAACUGGCUCCCAUUCAGACCCCACUGUUGAGUUAUCGGCUUUGAAUCAAGCAAUGACAUUAGAGGUCUUGCCGCUGGUACCAGCUCCAGAGAGGCCGUCUGACGCAGAGAUUCCUCUGUGGAAAAUGCUAGAAGGGAAAAGCGGGACAGAUACAGUCGAGCAAACCUCCAAGGAGGGUACAAACGCUCUGUGCAUGGGCUCCCACGUGGAAGAUGCUGCGGAGACGGAAACAGCUAUGAAGGAACAGCACCAACCGACGACAGCAACAGAUUCAGAAGCCCCUCACAUAACCCCGUCGGCCGCCCAGCCCGGCUCCCCGCACGUUCAGGAGGAGCCAGCAGCGCUGGAGGAACCCGUCGUGCAACCAGCAACUGCUCUGGACCUUCCUGCUAAAGCUGAGGAGCAGGCAGCUCCGGUACCAGAGGAACGGCCGCCCUCAACGCCAGAAACACAACACCAGGCUGACGUGGUGGUGGACGGGCAGGAGGGGGUCGUGAGCAGCGAGGAGCUGGUGUGCGAGGCAGAGCAGCAGCUGUGGGCAGCCGUGGAGGAGACCGCCGCGGAAACGGGAGGAGAGCCAGGGAUGGAAAGUAGUGAGAGCUCUGAGCAGAAGGAGGAGAAGCAGAAGGAGGAGGAGGAAGAGGUUGUAAUAGGGGGUGCCCAGAAACACGCACACGUAGACGCAGACGUGUGUGUUGCAGGGCAACAGGAGGCGUCUUUUUCCCUGGUGUCAGCAGUAGUGGGGGUGUUGUUCAGGGGGUAUGAGACCGUGACCUCCAUACUGCACACAAGUGGAUCAAACGAUGCAGAUAUUCUGCAACCCUCUGUAGACCAGCCGUGCAUACUCACGAUUGAUGAUGACAAGGAGCCGUGUUUAGAUGAAGUACAGGCCGAGAGGCCGAGUCCCACCGAGCCGGACGACGGGCCGCUGAGUUCCACUGCUGUGGACGUUUUGCCACCCACAGCUUUCUCUGACACUGCAAGAAGUCAGUUGAUUUCUGAUGAUAAGGUACCAAAGAGUGAUUUAUCUCAGAAAGCAGACAAAACAUGUGGGCUGGGUCUGGUGGGAAGUCUGAGACUGGCUGCCAGUGAGCAGGAAAAAGAGAGGGAGCAGGAGAAAGAAGGUCUGGGGGAAGAAAAUAUGGAAGAACCAAAAGAGGAAAGAAAUGAGAAAGACAGCAAAGAGACACAAAAGAUGGAGGGGGAAAUAAUGGAGAGAGAUGAGGCAGAAAAAGAAAGACUGGAGAUGGAAGAGGUAGAAAAGGAAGAGAAAGAAAGACUGGAUAUGGAAGAGGUAGAAAAAGAAGAGAAAGAAAGACUGGAGAGUGAAGAGGUUGAAAAGGAAGAGAAAGAAAGACUGGAGACAGAAAAAGAAGAGAAAGAAAGACCAGAGAUGGAAGAGGUAGAAAAGACAGAAAGACUGGAGAGAGAGAAUGAGGAAGAGAAAGAAAAACUGGAGAGUGAAAAAGAAGAGAAAGAAAAACUGGAGGUGGAAGAGGUAGAAAAGGAAGAGAAGGAAAGAGUGGAGAUAGAAGAGGUAGAAAAGAAAGAAAGACUGGAGAGUGAAGAGAUUGAAAAGGAAGAGAAAGAAAGAGUGGAGAUGGUAGAGGUAGAAAAUGAAGAGAAAGAAAGACUGGAGAGAGAAAAGGAGGAAGAGAAAGAAAGACUGGAGAGUGAAGAGGUUGAAAAGGAAGAGAAAGAAAGACUGGAGACAGAAAAAGAAGAGAAAGAAAGACCAGAGAUGGAAGAGGUAGAAAAGACAGAAAGACUGGAGAGAGAGAAUGAGGAAGAGAAAGAAAAACUGGAGAGUGAAAAAGAAGAGAAAGAAAAACUGGAGGUGGAAGAGGUUGAAAAGGAAGAAAGACUGGAGAGAGAAAAGGAGGAAGAGAAAGAAAGAGUGGAGAGUGAAGAGGUAGAAAAAGAAGAGAAAGAAAGACUGGAGACAGAAAAAGAAGAGAAAGAAAGACCAGAGAUGGAAGAGGUAGAAAAGACAGAAAGACUGGAGAGAGAAAAUGAGGAAGAGAAAGAAAAACUGGAGAGUGAAAAAGAAGAGAAAGAAAGACUGGAGGUGGAAGAGGUAGAAAAGGAAGAGAAGGAAAGACUGGAGACAGAAAAGGAGGAAGAGAAAGAAAAACUGGAGAGAGAAAAGGAAGAGAAAGAAAGACUGGAGACAGAAGAGGUUGAAAAGGAAGAGAAAGAAAGACUGGAGAGAGAAGAGGAAGAGAAAGAAAGACUGGAGAGAGAAGUGGUAGAAAAGGAAGAGAAAGAAAGACUGGAUAUGGAAGAGGUAGAAAAAGAAGAGAAAGAAAAACAGGAGAAAGAAGAGGUUGAAAAAGAAGAGAAAGAAAGAGUGGAGACAGAAAAUGAGGAAGAGAAAGAAAGACUGGAGAGAGAAGAGGUAGAAAAGGAAGAGAAAGAAAGACUGGAGACAGAAAAAGAAGAGAAAGAAAGACCAGAGAUGGAAGAGGUAGAAAAGACAGAAAGACUGGAGAGAGAAAAUGAGGAAGAGAAAGAAAAACUGGAGAGAGAAAAGGAGGAAGAGAAAGAAAGACUGGAGAGAGAAAAAGAAGAGAAAGAAAAACUGGAGGUGGAAGAGGUAGAAAAGGAAGAGAAGGAAAGAGUGGAGAUAGAAGAGGUAGAAAAGAAAGAAAGACUGGAGACAGAAAAGGAGGAAGAGAAAGAAAGACUGGAGAGAGAAAAAGAAGAGAAAGAAAAACUGGAGAGUGAAAAAGAAGAGAAAGAAAGACUGGAGGUGGAAGAGGUAGAAAAGGAAGAGAAGGAAAGACUGGAAACAGAAAAGGAGGAAGAGAAAGAAAGACUGGAGACAGAAAAAGAAGAGAAAGAAAGACCAGAGAUGGAAGAGGUAGAAAAGACAGAAAGACUGGAGAGAGAAAAUGAGGAAGAGAGAGAAAAACUGGAGAGAGAAAAGGAAGAGAAAGAAAGACUGGAGAGAGAAAAGGUUGAAAAGGAAGAGAAAGAAAGAGUGGAGAAUGAAGAGGUAGAAAAGGAAGAGAAGGAAAAAGUGGAGACAGAAAAGGAGGAAGAGAAAGAAAGACUGGAGAGUGAAGAGGUUGAAAAGGAAGAGAAAGAAAGACUGGAGACAGAAAAAGAAGAGAAAGAAAGACCAGAGAUGGAAGAGGUAGAAAAGACAGAAAGACUGGAGAGAGAGAAUGAGGAAGAGAAAGAAAAACUGGAGAGUGAAAAAGAAGAGAAAGAAAGACUGGAGGUGGAAGAGGUUGAAAAGGAAGAGAAAGAAAGAGUGGAGAUGGUAGAGGUAGAAAAGGAAGAAAGACUGGAGACAGAAAAGGAGGAAGAGAAAGAAAGACUGGAGAGAGAAAAGGAAGAGAAAGAAAGACUGGAGACGGAAGAGGUUGAAAAGGAAGAGAAAGAAAGAGUGGAGAUGGUAGAGGUAGAAAAGGAAGAAAGACUGGAGACGGAAAAGGAGGAAGAGAAAGAAAGACUGGAGACGGAAGAGGUAGAAAAUGAAGAGAAAGAAAGACUGGAGAGAGAAAAGGAGGAAGAGAAAGAAAGACUGGAGAGUGAAAAAGAAGAGAAAGAAAGACUGGAGGUGGAAGAGGUUGAAAAGGAAGAGAAAGAAAGAGUGGAGAUGGUAGAGGUAGAAAAGGAAGAAAGACUGGAGACAGAAAAGGAGGAAGAGAAAGAAAGACUGGAGAUGGAAGAGGUAGAAAAGGAAGAGAACGAAAGACUGGAGAGAGAAAAGGAGGAAGAGAAAGAAAAACUGGAGAGAGAAAAGGAAGAGAAAGAAAGACUGGAGACGGAAGAGGUAGAAAAGAAAGAAAGACUGGAGACAGAAAAGGAGGAAGAGAAAGAAAGACUGGAGACAGAAAAGGAGGAAGAGAAAGAAAGACUGGAGAUGCUAGAGGUAGAAAAUGAAGAGAAAGAAAGACUGGAGACGGAAGAGGUAGAAAAGGAAGAGAAGGAAAGAGUGGAGAUAGAAGAGGUAGAAAAGAAAGAAAGACUGGUGGCAGAAAAGGAGGAAGAGAAAGAAAGACUGGAGAGAGAAAAGGAGGAAGAGAAAGAAAGAGUGGAGAGUGAAGAGGUUGAAAAGGAAGUAAAAGAAAGACUGGAGGUGGAAGAGGUAGAAAAAGAAGAGAAAGAAAGAGUGGAGAGAGAAGAGGUUGAAAAUGAAGAGAAAGAAAGACUGGAGACAGAAAAAGAAGAGAAAGAAAGACCAGAGAUGGAAGAGGUAGAAAAGACAGAAAGACUGGAGAGAGAGAAUGAGGAAGAGAAAGAAAAACUGGAGAGUGAAAAAGAAGAGAAAGAAAGACUGGAGGUGGAAGAGGUAGAAAAGGAAGAGAAGGAAAGACUGGAGACAGAAAAGGAGGAAGAGAAAGAAAAACUGGAGAGAGAAAAGGAAGAGAAAGAAAGACUGGAGAUGGAAGAGGUAGAAAAGGAAGAGAAAGAAAGACUGGAGAUGGAAGAGGUAGAAAAGGAAGAGAAGGAAAGACUGGAGACAGAAAAGGAGGAAGAGAAAGAAAAACUGGAGAGAGAAAAGGAAGAGAAAGAAAGACUGGAGAGAGAAGUGGUAGAAAUUGAAGAGAAAGAAAGACUGGAAAGAGAAAAGGAAGAGAAAGAAAGGCUGGAGAGUGAAGAGCUAGAAAAGAAAGAAAGACUGGAGAGAGAAGAGAUUGAAAAGGAAGAGAGAGAAAGACUGGAGAGAGAAGAGCUAGAAAAGAAAGAAAGACUGGAGAGAGAAGAGAUUGAAAAGGAAGAGAGAGAAAAACUGGAGCGAGAAAAGGAAGAGAAAGAAAGACUGGAGAUGGAAGAGGUUGAAAAGGAAGAGAGAGAAAGACUGGAGAGAGAAAAGGAAGAGAUAGAAAGACUGGAGAUGGAAGAGCUAGAAAAGAAAGAAAGACUGGAGAGAGAAGUGGUAGAAAAGGAAGAGAGAGAAAGAGUGGAGAGUGAAGAGCUAGAAAAGAAAGAGAUAGAAAGACUGGAGAGAGAAGAGCUAGAAAAGAAAGAAAGACUGGAGAGAGAAGAGGUAGAAAAGGAAGAGAGAGAGAGACUGGAGAGAGAAAAGGAAGAGAAAGAAAGACUGGAGAGAGAAGAGGUAGAAAAGGAAGAGAGAGAAAGAGUGGAGAGUGAAGAGCUAGAAAAGAAAGAGAUAGAAAGACUGGAGAGAGAAGAGCUAGAAAAGAAAGAAAGACUGGAGAGAGAAGAGGUUGAAAAGGAAGAGAGAGAGAGACUAGAGAGAGAAAAGGAAGAGAAAGAAAGACUGGAGAGAGAAGAGGUAGAAAAGAAAGAGAAAGAAAGACUGGAACGAGAAAAGGUAGAAAAGGAAGAGAGAGAAAGAUUGGAGAGAGAAGAGCUUGAAGUGAAAGAAAGACUGGAGAGAGAAGAGGUAGAAAAGAAAGAGAAAGAAAGACUGGAGAGAGAACAGCUUGAAAAGAAAGAGAAAGAAAGACUGGAGAGAGAAGUGGUAGAAAAGAAAGAGAAAGAAAGACUGGAGAGAGAAAAGCUUGAAAAGAAAGAGAAUGAAAGACUGGAACGAGAAGAGCUAGAAAAGAAAGAGAAAGAAAGACUGGAGAGAGAAGUGGUAGAAAAGGAAGAGAGAGAAGGAUUGGAGAGAAUACAGGAGGAGGGCAGGAUGGAGAGUCCAUGGUGUGAACCUGAAAGCUGGCCUCUCCUGAGGGAGGCAGAGUUAGGUGAUGAGGGUCGCCAUGGCAACGAGGACUCCCUCAGCUCUGAUCCCAGACCAGCACAGCCCGUCCCCCCUGAAACUGGAGCCAGCUUGGUCCCGACCAGCCCGGCUGGUGCUGUCGCUGCCGCCCUAGUUACAUCUGUGGACCAUCCCACCCAGAUUCCCGCCAGAGGCAGGUCCAGUCUCAGGUCCAGGUCCAGUCCCAGGUCCGGGGCCGUCCCGGCGUGGCUCAGGGGGGCGGAGGAGGAGGAGGAGGAGGUGGAGGUAGAGUAUGAGAGGGGACAGGAAGACCUGGGCUCCAUCUGGCUGGCUGAGCUGUACAUGGGGGGAGACUCGGGCCCGGGCCAGCCGGGUUCUGCCGGAGCCCAGAAGUCCUCUUCACCCGUCCGCGGUGAGCAGGUGUUUUCUCAGAGCUCUGACACCAGUCAGGCAGAUAAACCCGAGCCCCCUCGGCCCACUCCGGCUGACGGUUCCCAACCUGACCCUGCUGUAGCGUCUCCCAAGGAGGAAGCAUUCUGUACCACCGUGCAGGCGGCCCAGAAACAGCCGGUAAAAGAGCAAGUAGAAGACGUCUGCACCAAACCUGCUCAAAGUCCAGAGGUGGCAGCCGAAGAGGAGGCCGACUUCGUUCAGUCUUCGGUGGUGCCGUGGCCUCUCCCUCCGACCGCCAACACAGCCAGCUUACGCCCAGAACACAAUAAGACACGCACAGAGACCGACGAGGCAGAAACAGCCACUCGCUCACACACCAGCCUUGACAUCAGCUCAGAGACAGACCCCUCCGACCGUGACGCCCCACAAGCCAGCGGCGUGCACCACAGUCUCUCCAAAGACCAGCAGCUCCUGGAGGAAGAAAGGUCACUGUUGGCUAAAAUCUGCCAGAUGACAGGUACCACCCCCCCCCUCUCCGGCCCCCGGGGCAUGAAACGACUCAUUCCUGCGCCCGGCGAUAUCCACUACGAUGCCACAGGAAGCAAAAGCCACUUCCUCACUGAGCUCACUGGUCCCGGCCGGGCCUCGCCCGCCCCCUCCCAUGAUGCCCUGCAGGAAGUGUCUCUACACGAGGCGGAGGAGCCGCUCGGAGAAGAGGACGCGGCGAAACCCCAGGCGACCGGCAGCCCCGACGGUGGGGUGAAGACACACUCGUCCCAGCCGAGCUCCGCUGGGCAUCACUGUGAGAUCUCCACGUCUCGACUCCCGACGCUGCCGGAGGAGGAGACACCUGAAGUGAAGGCCCCGGGGGCUGCAGAGGGGGUCAAAGAGGGGAGAGACGACACUGCCGAGGACCUGGUGAACUCCAGUCAGUCGCUGCUCCAGUGGUGUCAGAGCGUCACCAGUGGCUACCGGGGGGUCAAGGUCACCAACUUCAACACGUCCUGGAGAAACGGCAUGGCCUUCUGCGCUAUCCUUCACCACUUCCAUCCAGACAGAAUAGAGUUCGACCAGUUGGACCCUCAUGGUAUCAAGAUGAACAAUAAGAAGGCAUUUGACGGCUUCGCGGCCCUGGGGAUUUCCCGGCUGCUGGAGCCCUCCGACAUGGUCUUCCUGUCGGUCCCCGACAAGCUCAUAGUCAUGACUUACCUGAAUCAGAUCCGCACGCACUUCACCAACCAGGAGCUGAGCGUGCUGCAGAUCGAGCACAACAGCAGCCAGAGCAGCUACGGGCUGGCCCCGUCCGGCCCCGCACCCACAGACAUGGCCGCCGCGGCCUUCUGCAUGGCCCGGCUGAACGAGGGCGUAAGCCUGGAGGAGGGAGGCAGCAGCACGCUGGUGGUUCCUCCACCCAGGAGCAAGAGGGGCGUCAAAGUGGAGGAGUUAAAAGCCCCGGUGCCACCACCAAGGUCGCUUACCAAAACAGCCAAAUGUGGAGCGGCUCAGGAUGGAGAUAAAAAGAGUCAUUCUGCAACAGAAGGCAGUAAUAGUACAGAGUCGCCGGGCCCAGCCGAGACUCCGGCUCCCAAACAAGGAGACGAAGCCAUGGACACCAGCCAGUAUGUUCUGAGUGAGCUGGCGGCGCUGGAGACGGAGCAGAAUCACAUCGACAGCAGAGCCGCCGUGGUGGAGAGACGACUGCGGAACCUCAUGGAAACAGGAAGUGACCGUGAUGAAGAGGAAAGGCUCAUACAGGAGUGGUUCACGUUGGUGAACAAGAAGAACGCUUUGAUACGCAGACAGGACAACCUGGAACUGCUGCAAGAAGAGCAGGACUUGGAGAGAAGAUUUGAGCUUCUGAACAGAGAACUGCGGGUCAUGAUGGCUAUUGAAGAGUGGCAGAAGACGCCCACCCAGCAGCAGAGGGAGCAGCUGCUGCUCCAGGAGCUGGUGUCACUGGUCAACCAGCGCGACGAGAUCAUCAGAGAUAUCGAUGCCAAAGAGAGAGGUGCACUGGAGGAGGAUGAGCGGCUGGAGCGAGGUCUGGAGAUGAGGAGGAGGAAAUACAGCAACAAGGCUCAAGAUAAAUGCGUGCUACAGUGAGAGGGAAAAGCACAAACACGAUUUGUCUUUAGAGUUUUUAAAUUUCCCAAGCAGCAGUAUUUCUUUUUUUUUUUUUUUUUUUUAACAAAACGUAAAUCUUUCAGCAUUUCGGAGCUUAGUUUUAUGUGUUUAAAGUGCCUUUACUCUCCCAGUGAUGUGCUUUAAGUCUGAGGCUGCAAACUGUGUGUAUUUUGAACAUAGUGAGUUUCAUAAAUUUCCGUUGUUUCUUAUUAUUGUGACUCUGUUCUUAUUUUUAUUUAUUGAAAUGAUGUGUUCUAUUACUAUGCAUUUAUUGCACAUAUGCUGUUCUUUUGUGUGUUUACGUGUGUUUCUUGAACAUGAUUCAGUAUUGGAAACCAGCCUAUUUUUUCUUCUUCUAUUGAACAGAUGAGUCCCACUCAUCAAGACAAUAGAUUUUCAAAGAAAAGCCAUAUGUGCCUUGUUUAAUGAGAAACAGUUUACAGUUGCUUAUAAUCAAGAGGCAUGAAAUGAAUUGUUGUGGUUCGGGUGAUGUUUAUUUUGCCUGGUAGUGUAUAUUCUUUUAAAAAAUAUAUCUAUUGACAUGUUAAAACAUUUCAGAUGUUAGAAUAGUACUUGAUAUGUCGAGCUGGACUCAAACCAACAAUGAUGUUAGCACAAAAUACGUGGUUCAAAAAUUCUGAAUAAUCCCAGGAACCUUGUUUUACAGUCACAUCGUAAACUCAACGACGCUGUAGGUGGUUUUUGGCUUAAAGUGUCUGUUUUAAGUUGAACUAUGAUGACCUGAAUCAAACACAGCCAAGAGGUGAAUGUCACUCCAGCGUGAGUCACAGAAAUGAAAAUGUUUUCCUAUUUCUGUCUUUUUUUCUAGUGUAUGCAUGUUUUUUGAGGUGUGACAAAGUGGUACCCACCACACUGCAUAGGCUGCCAAAUGUUCUGGUCUAUGAGAGAGGAUUUAUGAGAGUAUACUGGUGAAUAAUGUUGACACGAAUAUUAAUAAAUAUUGGUUGUUGCCUGCUUUUGUCGGUCGUGAGUGAAUUGUUUGUGUUGGUAAGGUACAGCACGAUGCUCCUGACAAGAAACUAAUGCAAACUAACUUGAUGUCCUGAAAUAAUGGAUUUACCUGUGAAUGUGUCAUAAAUUAUCAGGCUCCAGUUUGUGUACAAGAUUAAAAUAAUACAUUGCCCUAAAUGUAUAGUUUUUUCCGUUUUUUUUUUUU